CCGAUUCAUCGCUACCCUGAGACUCCCACCAUGCCUCACAUCGACAACGAUGUGAAACUGGACUUCAAGGAUGUCCUGCUGAGGCCCAAACGCAGCACUCUUAAGUCUCGAAGUGAGGUGGAUCUCACAAAAUCUUUUUCAUUUCGGAACUCAAAGCAGAUGUAUACAGGGAUCCCCAUCAUUGCAGCCAAUAUGGACACUGUGGGCACCUUUGAGAUGGCCAAGGUUCUUUGUAAGUUCUCCCUCUUCACUGCUGUCCAUAAGCACUAUAGUCUCGAGCAGUGGAAAGAAUUUGCUACUCAGAAUCCUGACUGUCUUGAGCAUCUGGCUGCCAGCUCAGGCACAGGCCCUUCUGACUUUGAACAGCUGGAACAGAUUCUGGAAGCUAUCCCCCAGGUGAACUGUAUCUGCCUAGAUGUGGCAAAUGGCUACUCGGAACACUUCGUUGAAUUUGUAAAGGAUGUGCGGAAGCACUUCCCCCAGCACACCAUCAUGGCAGGGAAUGUGGUAACAGGAGAAAUGGUAGAAGAGCUGAUCCUCUCUGGGGCUGACAUCAUCAAAGUAGGCAUUGGGCCAGGCUCUGUGUGUACCACACGGAAGAAAACAGGAGUAGGGUAUCCGCAGCUCAGUGCAGUGAUGGAGUGUGCAGAUGCUGCUCAUGGCCUCAAAGGCCACAUCAUUUCAGAUGGCGGCUGCAGCUGUCCUGGGGAUGUGGCCAAGGCUUUUGGGGCCGGGGCUGACUUUGUGAUGCUGGGUGGCAUGCUCGCAGGACACACUGAGUCAGGCGGAGAGCUCAUCGAGAGGGAUGGCAAGAAGUAUAAGCUCUUCUAUGGAAUGAGUUCUGAAAUGGCCAUGAAGAAGUAUGCAGGGUGUGUGGCUGAGUAUAGGGCCUCAGAGGGGAAGACAGUGGAGGUCCCCUUUAAAGGGGACGUGGAACACACCAUCCGAGACAUCCUUGGAGGGAUCCGCUCUACGUGUACUUAUGUGGGAGCAGCUAAGCUGAAGGAGUUGAGCCGGAGAACUACCUUUAUCCGUGUCACCCAGCAGGUGAAUCCGAUCUUCAGUGAUGAGCACUAGACUUGAGCAGUUCUGCCCCCUCAAGGCACUAGUACUCUACCAAGGAGUCUCCCAAGUGGGCCCCUCGCCAGUUCCAUCUUCUCCAGCUAUUUAUUACUAGGCUGCUUGUCAUCCCAUUCUGCAGUAACUCACUUCUCUCUCUACCCACGAAACACCAAGGGUGCUCACUGGGGAGGAAGCAAGGAAGGAAACAGUCUGAGAAAAUGAAAUUGGAUUGGAAUCUGGAAACCCAGCAUCCUGAAGAUUUGUAUUAAAAGAAAAGACACUGACUCAAAACAAGUGUUUUAUAUGAUCUUGGUCUAGAAGAGGGAGGUUUUUUUUUAGAAUCAUGUUUUGUUAAUCUUCAUUAAAUGAGACCUUUGACUACCUAAAAAGCAGUGUUGACAUAAUUGAAAUACCCCAGGAAAGACAUCCCAAUGACU